AUGGUCCAGUUUGUCUUCACCCCAUGGCGCAACCGCGCCGAGCUCCUCCGGGUGCGCUCACAGCUGUACCCGCACCCCUCCUUCACCACGCAAACGGCGGCAGCAACAACAACGACGACGACGACAACACCGCCGUUGCCGCCUCGAUCGCCAUGGUGGUCCGGCCCAGAGGAGCUGCGCGCCAUCGAGAGCGCCAUCGCGCGCGUCUUCAUGUGGGUGCACCGCGGCGGGUGCCCGCACGUCGUGGAGUCGACUGCCCUCCUGAUGUCGGCUAUUGUCUUUGACGAGCGCGGCGGGCAUGACGCCGUGUCUGGGGCAGGGGUUACGGCUGGUUAUGUUGUUGGGUUCACACGGUACAAGCCUUUCCUUUUUUUCUUUCUUUCGAGUUUCAGUUUACACCUUCCGCUACCUACAUCCUCGCAUUUGUGUCGGCUGACCAUUGGGGAGGGAAAUUUUAGGUUCGUCACUGGCCUGCUGGACAGUCACCAGGACAAGGCGCGCAAGCUAAGCAUGUACGGCGUGGCCAAGACCCUCGGCCUGCCGGCCAGCUUUGUCGAGCUCCGCCACCAGGGAACACACGAGCCGAUGCCCUCGCUGGGCCAGCUGCGUCCCGCGGCGAGGAGGGCGCUGGUGUGGAUUUGGGAGUACUACUGGAAGAACCUGCCAGAAGGGGAGGCGGAGGAGGAUGAGGAAGAG